AUGGCAGCAACAGCAGUUUCUUCUGUUCAUAAUCGGUCCCAAGCUUUCUACCACAAGUUCGAGAACAUCUGCCGAGAAGGUCAAGGCUCAGUAAAGGGCAACAUUCUUGCUCCUUGGGUCGACGAUGAAGCCCCCUUGGAGUUCCAUCUUCUCGGCCCUCGUCUAAAGGGCGGCAUGCCACAAGGGCUGGUUAACCCAUCUGAAGGACAAGAUGGUAGACCUUUCUUCUUUCCAUAA